CGAUGAGCCGAAUAUGCCUUGGUACGCAGAGGACAACGAUGGGCUGGAGGACAUGUCAGAUAACUCCGGUGACUCGGACAGUGAAACAAGUUCCGACAUGGAAGAGGGCUCAGACCUCUGCUUUCAAGCUGCGAGCGACGUGGGCCUGGACGAUGACACGGAGGACGACUAUGAUGCGCCUGGUGAACCCGACAGCUCCUACGUGCUCUCUGCAAAUGAGAGCUUCCUGAGGACCGUGAAGAGGUGCCACCCCAGAAAGAGGGCAAGUACAUUGUUUUUGAGGGGCAGCUCCUGGAGCUCUUCCGGGUGUGCCACACGUGUCUUGCUCCUUGCCGCAACACCACUGUAG